GAUCCAGAGAAAUCAAAUCGUUAGGCGGGCGUUGUUUUGCGUAGCCUAAUCAGUCUUCUUACCGACUCAUUGAUAGCGUCAAUUCUCUACUUUGCCUUGUUUGAGUUUGUUUUGAAGUUGAACUGGAACUAUGAAAUGCUGCGGAUGUAUGUUAAUUCCUUCUUCAGAUUUUCCUUGCUCACGAUUCCUCUGCUUUGCCUAGCGAGAAGAUCGGUCAUUCUCUACAGUGUUUAUACGUGGCCCGAGAACUCUAGUGACUUCUCCCGGUUCACAACCGAUCAUUGGCUGGAAUUUUAUAGAAUCCGAACAAAGCAUCUCUCAGCGGAGGACUUGAACCACUUCACCAAGUUGGAAGGAUUGGCCUUUCUUUCCGGCCGUAUCGACAAAGCCUACGUGAAACCAAGCCUGAAAGAAUUUGCCUUAACUGCUACUGGGACAAGUGAGAUUCUUAUCAACGUAGCUGAUGACUAUCAAUUGGUUGACCUGGAAGUAUCCGGUUGCAAGCUGAAAGCUCUUCCUCGAAAUGUCGGGCGGCUGAGUAGAUUGCAAUCACUUGAUUUGUCGAGAAAUCAAAUUGAAUUCGUUGAAAUGGAUAUUCUGAACAGUCUAAAUAUGCUCCAGGUGCUCGUUAUCAGUUCGAACCAGAUUCGAACCGUUUCUACGAACUAUGAAAUAAGCUUACCCAAACUUACCGGUCUUGACUUCAGUUACAACGAUCUUUCAGAUCUAAACAUUUGCUCUUGGAACCUGCCGCAUCUAAGGAAGAUUUCUCUAGCUGGAAACAAUCUCUCGUACGUAGUGGACAUUCUUCAAAAGCUUCCAAUCGUAGAUUAUAUACUGCUCGUGAAAAACCCUCUGCAUUGCGGUUGGCUUAAAAUGAUAACUGAAGAAAUCGAUAAUGCCGAUAGGGAUAUAAACUUCAUUGGCGCAUGUAGUAAAUCGAAGACAAAUCUAACUUUUAUUGAAGGAUGUUCGGCGAAGCAGCUUCCCUUUCAGUGUGGCCUACGACAGAGGAGAAACGUUGAGUUGAUUGUCCAUGGCCACGAUGCUACCCGAGGGGAUUGGCCUUGGCAUGUGGCCGUCUAUCACAAGCUUGCCGAAGAAUCACUGUAUGCAUGCGGAGGGACGCUGAUUAGUAGUACCUUUAUCCUGACGGCAUCUCACUGCGUGAUAGACUCGAGCACAAGAAACAAGCUUCUAACGGAACAGAUACUUGUCAAACUGGGUGUGUUCGAUUUGAACAAUGUGGAUCCGGAAUCGCAAGAGCGGUCGGUGCAGGAAAUCUUCAAGUUCGAAAAUUUCUCACGGCUGGUGGAUGAUAUUGCUUUGCUCCGGUUAACUGAGCCAGCCGAGCUGAACUCCUGCGUGCAUCCGGUGUGCGUUGAUCGGCAAGGGGACUUCGUGGGAGAAUACGGCACUGCUGUUGGUUGGGGCUUGAGAAGCGAUGACAGUGUUUCCAGCAUUCUUCAAAGUGCCCCAAUGCCAGUUAUUUCAACGCUACCCUGUUUGAUGAGUAGUCGCAGUUUUUUUGCGAAUACAUUGAAUUAUGGUGUCUUCUGCGCCGGUUACAGCAACGGAACGAGUGUCUGUAACGGUGACAGCGGGGGUGGGUUGUUUUUCCAGCGCAACAAUAUCUGGUUUGUUGGUGGAAUUAUUUCGUUCAGCGAAUCCCGGCCGGGAAGUGACGGGUUGUGCAGAACGGAUGGGUAUGGUGGAUUUGUGAAUGUUUCGUACUACGGAUCGUGGAUUCAAAGGAUUACUGAUCUGUAGAUGCUUUAUUUGUUUGGAAUAAAAAAAAAUUUAAUAAAUGAAACAGUUUAAAGAAAUUGAAU